AUGGGGGGAGCAUCAAGUCGAAAUUUAGAAUAUAACAAUUAUGUAAACAUGAAACUUUUAGAGCCAGUUGAUUAUACAAAUGUAGAUGAUAUUUAUUUCCAGGAACCAGAUAUACAAGAUAUCAUAACUAAAGCUCGAAAAAUAAGGAAUUGUAAUUAUAAAGAAUCAUUAGAUUUAUAUUUUAAAGCAUUAAGUUAUUUAAAAAGAAAGAAAGAAAAUAAUUCUCGUGUAUAUAAAAAUGUAUUAGAAUUUGAAAUUAGUCCUCAAGAUAUUCAAAAAAAUUGUCAACUAAAUAGGAGUCUUGAAAGUAGUGUAAAUAUAGAUGAAGAAAAAGAUGUAACACCCUUUAGUGAUAAUAAAAUGAUUUCAAUAAAUAAAAAAAUAGCAUCAUUAUAUAACGAAAUAGGUGAUUUAUGUUGUAUACAUGAUUAUAUUGAAAAGUCUUUAUUUUAUUAUAGUAAAGCAUAUUCACAUAAUCCAUCAAAAAUCGAUUAUAUAUAUAAACAAGGAGUAUUAUAUCAACAAACAAAUGAUAUAGAUAAAGCAAUUAGUACAUUUAAAAUAAUAUUAUCAACAGACCCUAACCAUAUACCUACUUUAUUUUCACUUGGAAAUUUAUAUAGAUAUAUUGAUUAUAAUAUAGCUCUAUCUUAUUUCGAGACUAUACUUAAAAUCGAGCCAGACAAUACUGAAGUUUUAUCAUUAUCUGCUUCAUGCUAUAAUAAUUUAGGGAAAUUAAAUGAAGCUAUAUCAUAUCAAAACAAAGCAGUUGAAAUAAAUCCUGAUAAUUUUAAUCAUAAAAAAUUUGCUCAAAGACUUAUAGAAAUGAGACCCCAAAAUUAG